UCUCAACUCUGGAAAAGACACAUACAUGCGUUUAGGACUUGAUCAACACACUGGGCAGUUAUGGGGAAAGUUUGGUAUAGGCGAGAAAGAAGGUGUCUUGAUUGUUGAGGAUACAGACUCACUAUAUGACUGGGCCAUCGACAGUCCAGCAAUCCUGAAGCUGGAGUGGCGCUCCAGAGACGUCAAAACAGGAGAAAAGAAGCUUGGACCUCAAUGCAUGGGUAGUGUUGAGAUCAGCGCAAAUCAGGGAGUGAAGGGCGUUAUGUUCGGGUUGUUCGAUGGAUGGGAUGCCCAAUUCUACACAGAGAGUGUAACUGGGGGCCAAAACCAAGAUUGGCAAGCCUGGGCAACUGAGUGGGAUGCCAUCGUUCGGGAAGAAGAGGUGUUUAUCGAGUCGUAUUAGUUAUCAGCAAGACAGAUGUGUGCAACUGAAGCAUGAGCUUGCGACCAAGUAAA